AUGUGUCUUCUCUCCAACAUCCUCAUUCUCUUGGCCGUUACUCUCCCCACACUCGCCAACGGCGGUAACAAAUGCAAAGUAGGGACAAGGAAAUGCGAAGACGCGUUUUCUGUCUGGGAAUGCCAGAAGGAAGGAUUUUUCGAGCCCCCAGAGUGGAAGUGGGUGGAGAGCUGUGGCCAGGGCGAAGAUAAUAACUGGUGUAGUAAUGCCGACGCGAAAUGUCAUGGCUGGCUUUAUGAUUAG